ACCUGUGUUCUCCUUGGUAUGCUCCAAGAUGGCGGCCCCCAUGGUGCGGCGCGGGUUCCUGCUGGCGGGGAAAGUGCCUCUUCCUCGUCUCUCACUGGCAGGCAAAAGAUGCCUGCUUUCUGCAGCGUAUGUAGACAGCCACAAAUGGGAAGCAAGAGAAAAAGAAGAUUGUCACCUCGCUGAUCUAGCAUCUUUAAUGGAUAAGACAUAUGAGAGAAAGUUGCCGGUUAGUUCUUUAACAAUAGCACGGUUUGUGGACAACAUUUCAUCUCGAGAAGAGAUAGAUCAUGCAGAGUAUUACUUGUACAAAUUCCGACACAGCCCCAACUGCUGGUACCUGAGAGACUGGACUGUCCACACCUGGAUCAGGCAGUGCCUAAAAUACGGCGCACAGGACAAAGCUCUGUAUACCCUUGUGAAUAAGGUUCAAUAUGGAAUUUUUCCAGAUAACUUUACAUUCAAUUUGCUGAUGGAUUAUUUCAUAAAGAAAGACAAUUACAAAGAUGCGUUAUCCGUGGUCUUUGAGGUCAUGAUGCAAGAAGCCUUCGAAGUGCCUUCCACCCAACUCCUCUCCCUGCAUGUCUUACACCACUGCCUGGCGAAGAAGGCAGACUUCACGUGGGAAGAGGAGAGGAACUUCGGUGCGUCCCUGCUCCUCCCAGGCCUGAAGCAGAAGAACUCAGUGGGGCUGAGUUCUCAGUUGUAUGGCUAUGCACUUCUUGGGAAGGUGGAGCUGCAGCGCGGGCUGCGGGCCGUGUACCACGACAUGCCUCUGCUGUGGCGACCGGGCUACCUGGACAGAGCCCUUCAGGUGAUGGAGAAGGUGGCCUCCUCCCCGGAAGACGGGAAGCUGUGUGGAGAAGCGCUCGACGUGCUGGACCGAGUCCUGAGGGCUCUGACUGCCCCGGCCCCCGAGGCUUCAGAGGAGAAGCCCGGAGAAGGGGAAGACAGCCGGGGCUCCGAGGAGCUGAUGGAGCAGCUGGACAUGGAGGAAACCGAACAAUCCAAGCUUCCCCGAUACCUGGAACGAUUUCAGGCCUUACAUUCUCAACUCCAGGCGCUGGGCAAAGUCGAGUCAGGAAGCCUUCUGACUCUGACCACCCAGCUCGUCAAAGAACAGCUCCCUGCCUGUGAAGCAGAGGACAUCGCCACCUAUGAGCAGAAGCUGCAGCAGUGGCAUCAGGAGCGGCUGUACCUGAUCCAGAGGGAACGGGAGCAGAGGGAGAGGGCGAAGCAGGAGCACCAGGCUCGGAGAGCGGCAAAGGCAUCUGCCUGACAGGGCCCCGUGGGCCCCAGCCCGCCACGGGGACUUCCCUCGCCCCCAUCAGGUGACUCAUCGUCACCGUGAUGGCAGCCUCGGCUCCUCCAUCCGACUUCUCCUUUCCUAAAGCAGGCCACUUGUGCUGUGAAGGCCUGGAUGCCCUGUGCAUGCAGCCCUGUGACUGCCCAUCCAUGUAGUUCCAGGGGCGGUGGGACUGUGGCAGUGGCUAGUGCUCAAAUUGCAGCCACCAGCUGAGUACCUUAAAAGGAGCUCUUGAGGCCCACGAUGGGGUUCCUGAGGUACGGGACCAAUUUCGAAUGUUGAAGGUUCCUGACACCUAGUGAUGGUGGCGGGAGAGGCCAUGGUUUAAGUAUCAGGUCUCAAGCACAGGCUUUUGAAUUGUCUCUCUCCCUCCAGCCAAGGCAAACUGCAUGUCCUGGGUCUGACCUUGUCUCCCUUCUCUCUAGGGGCAAGCAAAGCACUCAGCCUGAGCAGGGUGUGAGUGCCCACUCAUCCCCACAUUUUCUUCCCCCGAGUCUCACCACCAGACUCAAACUGGGAGAAAUGCAGUACAGGCACAAACACAGGACCCACCGGCUUUCACAUGUCAGGAACCUGUAGCGGCAUUUUUGGAAUGUAAGGACUUUGGAGGAGAAAGCUAACCUCCUUGGCCAGAAGCUUCUCCAUCGUGUUGGUGGAACUCCCAACGCGUCGUUUCAGCUUCCUCACUAAGUAGGUCAGCUGGACCUCCUGCACAUGUGCAAGCACACACGGACAAUAUGUGAGCACAUGUUUCAGUCAGAGAAGCACAUGUUUCAGUCAGAGAAGCUGGGGGGAGCAAGGGGAUGGGGCUUCCAGCGCAAGAGAGACACGGGUAAUUACAAGAGUCCCAGGAGGCAGAAAGUUCCUGAAGUUUCUUAGUGAAAGGGGUUGGGGACAGGUCUUGCUUGCUGUGUAAUUUUGCCUUUAAGUACAGUGGUGUAAUUUUAUUCAAGAUUCUGUUCUUUUAUCAGGAACCUGUGGAAAUAAAUGUUCUAGGAUGGUUUUGAUGUA